AUGUCGCGUCGAGUAACUAGACCGCGUCAAAACCUCCGUCCUCAGGUUGCCGCAGAACCGGCUCCGGCGCCAGAACCGGUACCUACGACCGAACAGGACCAGCAACCACCUUCCGAUGACGAAAAGUCAUCUGAAUGGCGUCCCUCCCGUCCAGCAUCACCACCUCAGAGACAAGAUGACAUCUCCGAAGGCUCGGAAGCCACGGUUCGUCCGGUGAGACCGGAACCGACAAGCCGCUAUGCUAACCUAAACUACUGGAAGGCGAGAAGGGUCACUUUUUACAGAAAUGGAGAUCCAUUCCAUCCUGGUGUCGAAUUCCGAUUUAAAUUGGGGAGGGACUUGGUAUCUAUGGACGCGUUACUCGAUAGAUUGUCGGAGAGGUUGGAACUCCCCAGAGGAGCGAGAUUCAUCUUCGGAAUGGAUGGUGAUAGGAAGUACCGACUUGAAGAACUGGAGGACGGAGCAUCAUACGUCGUUUCUUCGUAUAAGACUUUUAAGGCUGCCAGUUACGGGAAAAAAAACGGUAUGUGGUACGGCGGGACGGCGACUGGGACGAGCGGUUGGUCCCGCGCUGGUACACGCAAGCAAUCCGUCGCUGAAUCUGAUGCCCCACCCCCUGGUGGUGGCAAGUCUACUAGUGGAAGAGUAAUUAGGAUCAUAAAUAACAUGGAUCAUUCUAUUCAGUGUCGUGUUUUGCUCAAUCUUCGCACGACACAACCAUUUGAAGAAGUUUUAGAAGAUUUAGGGCAAGUUUUGAAAAUGAGCGGAGCAAAACGAAUGUACACAAUUACUGGACAAGAGGUUAGGAGUUUUUCUCAGCUACGCAAUGAAUUCGCCGACGUAGAGACAUUUUAUUUAGGUACAGCAAUGGUACCAUCGGCUCUAAGUCCGGGAAUAAGUGCUCCACUGCCAAUAGAAUCUCCGAUACGAAGAUCACGUUCAAGAGGAAAUGUAGCUGCACUGCCAGUAUCCGAGGACACAAGAGGACGGCGUGCGAGGAGCAAAAGCCGUCCAAGAGUCCUUUACGCCCCAGAGGGAGAAAUUAUCCGUAACUCAGAUUACACCCUUUUAGAAGUACUGAAAGAGGAACCCAUCAGGGUGACGAUUCGCGGAUUACGACGAACAUUCUAUCCGCCUAUCCAUCAUGCGCCGAUCGACAAUACGCCCCCAGAAAAGAAAAUGCAACUCGAAUGGGUGUACGGCUACCGUGGGGCAGAUUCUCGGCGCAAUUUAUGGGUUUUACCGACCGGAGAACUGUUGUACUACGUCGCCGCGGUUGCAGUUAUGUACGACCGAGACGAAGAAUCUCAGCGACACUAUAUUGGACAUACGGAAGAUAUUCAAUGUAUGGAACUUCAUCCGUCACGGGAGUUAGUAGCGAGCGGACAGCGUGCAGGUCGCGGUCGGCGUGCUCAAGCGCACGUGCGAAUCUGGAGCACGGACACGCUGCAGACGCUUCACGUGUUCGGUAUGGCGGAGUUUGAGGCUGGCGUGUCAGCUGUGGCGUUCUCGCAAUUGAACGGUGGUAGCUACGUGUUAGCUGUUGACGCUGGCCGUGAAAGUAUUUUAUCGGUUUGGCAGUGGCAAUGGGGACAUUUACUUGGCAAAGUUGCGACCCUGCAAGAGGAACUUACUGGAGCAGCAUUUCAUCCUCUCGAUGACAAUUUGCUGAUUACACAUGGUAAAGGACAUCUUGCGUUUUGGAACAGGCGAAAAGAUGGAUUUUUUGAACGAACAGACAUAAUAAAACCGCCUGCUCGCACACAAGUAACGGCUUUACAGUUUGAACAAGACGGUGAUGUAGUGACUGCUGACAGCGACGGAUUUAUAACUAUUUAUAGUGUUGAUAGUGAUGGAGCGUAUUUCGUUCGGAUGGAGUUCGAGGCACAUAUAAAAGGCAUUAGUUCGCUAGUAAUGCUAUCAGAAGGAACUUUAAUAUCGGGCGGAGAAAAGGACAGAAAAAUUGCAGCUUGGGAUUCCUUGCAAAAUUAUAAAAGGAUAACGGAAACAAAGUUACCUGAAUCAGCAGGUGGAAUUCGCAGUAUUUACCCACAGAGACCUGGCAGAAACGACGGUAAUUUAUACAUUGGUACAACUAAGAAUAAUAUAAUGGAAGGUUCCUUACAGCGACGAUUCAAUCAAGUAAUAUUUGGACAUCAUAAGCAUCUAAUGGGAGUAGCUGUUCAUCCCGAUGACGAAAUGUUUGCCACUGCUGGUCAUGAUAAAAACAUCGCUCUUUGGAAAGGUCAUAAAUUAAUCUUUGCUACGCAGGUUGGAUAUGAAUGCGUAUCCUUAGCGUGGCAUCCUGGAGGUGGCGCUCUAGCUGCAGGUAGUACAGAGGGGCAUUUAGUAAUAUUAAAUGCCGAAGCUGGAGCUCACGUUGCUACUUUAAGAGUAUGCGGCUCGCCCUUAAAUUGUUUGCAAUAUAAUUCAGCUGGCGAUUUACUUGCUAUUGGAUCACAAAAUGGAAGCAUCUACUUGUUUCGUGUAUCACGUGAUGGUUUUUCUUAUAAGAAAUCGAAUAAGAUUCGGGGUGCACAACCACUGGUCCAACUAGAUUGGAGUCUCGAUGGAAGCUAUUUGCAAACUGUUACUGCUGAUUAUGAUCUGUCAUUCUGGGACAUAAAAGCAUUGUCACCAGAGAAAAGUCCUAUAGCAAUGAAAGACGUAAAAUGGUUUACAUAUAAUUCAACAGUUGGAUUUUUAGUGUCGGGAAUGUGGAAUAACCGCUUUUAUCCUAUGACAUCACUUAUAACAACUGCUAGUCGUUCUUCUGCCCAUGAUCUUCUUAUAAGUGGUGAUUCUGAUGGGUAUUUACGCCUGUUUAGGUAUCCAUGUGCUAGUCCAAAGGCAGAGUACAAUGAAGCAAAAGUGUACUCGGGAUCAGUUUACUCUGCUCGAUUUCUGUUUAAUGAUCGUUGCAUGGUAACUUCUGGUGGAUCUGACGCUGCUCUCAUGUUAUGGGAAUUGGUAGAUGAUUAGC